AUGGUGUCUCCAGGAAUUGAUCUUUUGAAGGGUGAGAUUCCUAUUGAGCAGGAGUCCGUGGUAUUGCAUGAAGAUGUUGUGACUGGUCUAGUCCUUGUCGACAUCAUCAAUGGUUUCUGCACUGUUGGUGCUGGAAAAAUGGCUCCAAGAGAGCCUAAUAGCCAGAUUUCACGAAUGAUCAAUGAAUCAGAAAGGCUAGCCAGACUGUUCUGUGAGAAGAAAUGGCCUAUUCUGGCAUUCAUUGAUUCUCAUCAUCCUGACAAACCGGAGGUACCAUAUCCUCCUCACUGUAUUGCUGGCACCGAUGAGUCAAAUUUGGUUCCUGCUCUGCAAUGGUUAGAGAAUGAACCUAAUGUGACAAUCAGACGCAAAGACUGCAUUGAUGGAUACUUGGGUUCAACUGAGGAUGAUGGCUCAAAUGUUUUUGUGGAUUGGGUAAAGAAGAAUCAGAUCAAAGCUAUAUUGACUGUAGGGAUAUGCACAGAUGUCUGUGUGCUGGACUUCGUUUGCUCUACAUUAUCAGCAAGAAACCAUGGUUUUCUCACACCUCUGGAGGAUGUGGUGGUGUAUUCCCGUGGAUGUGCGACAUUUGAUCUUCCUCUCCACGUUGCCAGAAACAUCAAAGGAGCUUUAGCUCAUCCCCAGGAGUUCAUGCAUCAUGUUGGCCUAUACAUGGCGAAAGGAAGAGGAGCAAAAAUAGCAAGUGAAGUGUCAUUUCACGCACCAAAGAAACCAUGAGCUAGAGUGCAUUGCUCAGUUAAAUUGUAGGGCCUGUGUAUUUUUACUCUUUCUGAAUAAAUUUGUGUGCAAAGUACGUUGGGAUGGAGGAAGAAGAAAGUUGUGCGAGAAAUAUGGAGAGUCUGGAUCCCCAUGACUGAAAAUAAUAUCAUCAACGUGUGGUCCAGUGAGUUACAAAAACAAGCAUCAGUUCAUUAAUAUGAACCCCAUUGGAGUGCU